AUGACGUCCACCGCCCACCGCCGCCUUCUCCAAGAGUAUCGCGCGCUCACCAACAACCCGCCCGAAGGCAUCACCGCCGGCCCCAUCUCCGAGGAUGACCUCCUUCACUGGGAGUGUCUGAUCCAGGGCCCCGAGGGCACGCCGUUCGAGGGCGGUGUCUUUCCCGCAGAGCUCAAGUUCCCCAAGGACUACCCGCUUGCCCCGCCAUCUAUGAAGUUCCUCGCCGACGUGUGGCACCCCAAUGUGUAUCCCAGCGGCUUGGUCUGCAUCUCCAUCCUCCAUCCUCCCGGUGACGACCCCAACCACUACGAGCACGCCUCCGAGCGCUGGUCCCCCAUCCAGUCCGUCGAGAAGAUCCUCAUCUCCGUCAUGAGCAUGUUGGCCGAACCCAACGAUGAGAGUCCCGCCAAUGUCGAGGCCGCCAAGAUGUGGCGUGAGCGCCGCGGCGACUACGAAAACAAGGUCCGCGAAGGAGUGCGGAGGAUGUUGGGACUAUAA